AAAUCAGCACACUCGCAAUGAGAUUAUACCAUACACACAAGCUUACACUCACACAGCUGUCAGUCAAAUAAGGAGGGCAUCAGUUGGAUCUUAUAUAAAUGGUGUCUGUCCCUUCACUCAGUACUCUUUGCUUUUGCAUUGAUUGACUGAUAGAAGAAUCAGUUUAAGAGAGGUGUCCCAGCACCAAUCUAGGGUUGCCAUUCCACACACAGGUUAGAACAAAUAAAGCUGAGAUAAAAAAGAUCCCAUAUUAUGGCAGAUCAUCAGAAAAGUCAUCCGGUCGUGGCGGAUGGGGAAGCACAGCCAACACUGCCUAGAGUGGAAGCACAACCAACGACACUGCCUUUAGUGUCGCGUGGUUUAUCAAAUUCAGAAAAAGGAGAUAAUCCAGUAGUGCAGCAUCCCCGUCCCCUUCCUCCAUUCAAUGUUCCAGUAGUACCAAUCCACUCAAAUAAUCCACCAAAGAAGCCGAGAAGCAGCUGUUGUUGCUGCAAAUGCUUGUGUUGGACGAUUAGCCUUCUUGUCCUAUUAUUGAUAGUUGUAGGAAUCACCUGUGGCAUCCUUUACCUUGUGUUCCGCCCAAAACUUCCCAACUAUUCAGUUGAUAGCCUGAGUAUAUCUGAUUUACGGCUGAUCAACUUUGGUAUGAGCCUCUAUGCCAAAUUUGAUGUGAAGAUCACUGCCACGAACUCAAACAAGAAAAUUGGAAUCUAUUAUGAAAAAGGGAGUCAGCUAAGUGUGUGGUACUCUGACACCAAUCUAUGCCAAGGAACGCUCCCAAAAUUCUACCAAGGUCACCAGAAUACCACACACCUCGACGUGGCUCUAACCGGUCAAACCCAAUAUGCGAGCACUUUGAUGACAGCAUUGCAGCAGCAGCAGCAGACUGGAAGAAUCCCUUUAGAUCUCAAGAUAGAUGUGCCUGUCAGCGUUAAACUUGGCAAGUUGAAAUUGAGGAAGGUAAGGGUUUUGGGCACUUGCCUCCUCGUAGUUGAUAGCCUAUCUGCCAACAGUUUGAUCAGCAUUAAAGCGAGCACUUGUAAGUUUGGGCUCAAGCUCUGAGACUUUGCCAUCCUUGUACAAGCUCAUAGUCAUGGAUCUCUCUUCUUCUUCUUCUUCUUCUUCUUCUUCUUCUUCUCGAAUUAUUAUCAUUAUUAUUUUUCAUCGGUUUUGAAAUUGAGCCGACGAGAUUCUCUUUUCCCUUCACUUGUCACAUUAUCACUUUCAUUUUUAAUUAUUAUUAUUAUUAUUA